AUGGGGGACGAGGUGAUUCUUCUGGAUUAUUGGCCGAGUAUGUUUGGAAUGAGAACAAGGAUUGCUUUGGAAGAGAAAAAUGUCAAAUUCGAUUACAAAGAACAAGAUCUAUGGAACAAAAGCUCGAUCCUCCUUGAGAUGAAUCCGGUUCAUAAGAAAAUCCCGGUUCUCAUCCACAAUGGUAAACCAAUCUGUGAAUCUCUCAUCCAAAUCGAAUACAUCGACGAGGUUUGGCCCGGCAAAAACCCUUUCCUUCCUUCUGAUCCUUACCAAAGAGCUCAAGCCAAGUUUUGGGGAGACUUCAUCGACAACAAGGUGUAUGGUCCAACGAGGUUGAUAUGGGGAGCGAAAGGCGAAGAGCAAGAGGCGGGGAAGAAGGAGUUCAUCGAGAUGCUCAGGACACUAGAAGCUGAGCUUGGAGACAAGGUUUACUUUGGAGGCGAAACGUUCGGGUAUGUUGAUAUAGCUCUCAUUGGAUUCUACAGCUGGUUUGAAGCGUAUGAGAAGUUUAGGAACUUUAGCGUCGAAGAAGAGUGUCCAAAACUGAUUGCGUGGGGUAAAAGGUGUGUGAAGCGAGAGAGUGUGGUUAAGUCUCUUCCUGACUCAGAGAAGAUCACUAAGUUCCUUCCUCAGCUAAGAGAAAAAAUUGGGAUUGAGUAA